GCGGUCGUGUAGGCUGGGCUGCAGCAGGUGAAGCCCCGAGGGCUACGCGGCGACGGCGUCCUGUGAAGUGAUUCCCGCGGUCGCUCGGUCCUCGCUCUGCCCUGGACCUCAAUUUGUUGAAAUGAGCACUCGAAAAUCUAAGAGUAGCAACUUCAUAUAUGCAGAGAACCUUUCACAGGUACAAAGAAUUUUACGUGAACGAUUUUGUCAUCAGAGUCCACAUAAUAACUUAUUUGGAGUUCAAGGGCAGUAUAAACAUUUAAUUGAGCUAUUAAAAAGAACUGCUAUCAAUGGAGAAAGUAACUCUGCUCUUAUUAUUGGACCCCGAGGAUCUGGAAAGACCAUGUUAGUAAACCACGCUUUGAAAGAACUAAUGGAAGUAGAAGAAGUGAGGGAAAAUGUAUUACAAGUUCACCUAAAUGGAUUGCUACAGAUCAAUGAUAAAAUUGCCUUAAAGGAAAUUACAAGGCAGUUAAACCUGGAAAAUGUAGUUGAAGAUAAAGUUUUUGGAAGCUUUGCUGAAAACCUUUCAUUUCUCCUUGAAGCUUUAAAAAAAGGUAAACGAACUACUAGUUGCCCAGUGAUCUUUGUAUUAGAUGAAUUUGAUCUUUUUGCUCAUCAUAAAAAUCAGACACUCCUCUAUAAUCUUUUUGAUGUUUCUCAGUCUGCACAGACUCCAAUAGCAGUGAUUGGUCUUACAUGUAGAUUGGAUAUUUUGGAACUCUUAGAAAAGAGAGUGAAGUCACGAUUUUCUCACCGGCAGAUACACAUCAUGAAUUCAUUUGGUUUUCCACAGUAUCUUAAAAUAUUUAAAGAACAGUUAUCUCUACCUGUAGAAUUUCCAGACAAACUUUUUGCAGAGAAGUGGAAUGAGCAUGUACAGGGUCUGUCAGAAGAUGGAAGUGUGAAGGAAGUACUGCAGAAGCAUUUUAACGUCAGCAAAAAUCUGCGAUCAUUACACAUGUUACUGAUGCUUGCUUUAAAUCGUGUGACAGUCUCAUGCCCAUUUAUGACUGCAGCAGAUCUAAUGGAAGCACACCAGUUGUGUAGCAUGGACUCUAAAGCAAAUAUUGUACAUGGUCUCUCUGUUUUGGAAAUCUGUCUUAUAAUAGCAAUGAAACAUUUAAAUGACAUCUAUGAAGAGGAGCCCUUUAAUUUUCAAAUGGUCUAUAAUGAGUUCCAGAAGUUUGUUCAAAGGAAGGCCCAUUCUGUUUAUAAUUUUGAGAAACCUGUUGUUAUGAAGGCAUUUGAACACUUACAACAAUUAGAAUUAAUAAAGCCCAUGGAAAGAACAUCAGUAAAUGCGCAGAAGGAGUACCAACUGAUGAAGCUUCUUUUGGACAAUACUCAAAUCAUGAAUGCUUUGCAGAAAUACCCUAACUGCCCUACAGAUGUUAGGCAGUGGGCAACAUCUUCUCUAAGCUGGUUAUGAAUGUAACCAAUGCUUCAGAGUUUCAGUCACAAUUUUUUAUUAAAACAAAAGACUGUCCUUUGACAUGUUUAUUCCUUUUUCUUAUAUUUAUAAAUCUGUAUUUUUGUAUUUAUGGGCUUCUAUUAUACAUGGAGAAUAAUUAUUGUCUUAACUUUGGGUUAUGAGUAGUUACAUGAUUUAUGAAUAGUGACUUAGGUUAUAUUGUAACCCUUUAAAAAAAUAAAUGAGAA